AUGAAAAAAGCAUUACCUGAACAUGCUAAAUUAUCUAAAGAAUCAAAAGAAUGUAUUCAAGAAUGUGUAUCUGAAUUUAUAUCAUUUAUAACUUCACAAGCGGCUGAUAGAUGUUUAGUUGAAAAAAGAAAAACUUUAAAUGGUGAAGAUAUUUUAUGGGCUAUGUAUACUUUAGGAUUUGAAAAUUAUUCAGAAACAUUAAAAAUUUAUCUUGCUAAAUAUAGAAGGGUAUGUAAAAGUAUUGAUAUUUAG